CACUCACUCGCUAAGUGUUGCCAAGUAAACAUCACCGAGAACAAAAUGGCAAAAGUUCAAAUUAAAUAUACUCAACUAUUCAUCGACAAUGAAUUUGUGGAUGCUGCGAGUGAUCGUAAAUUUCCCACAAUAAACCCUGUCAAUGGUAAAGUUAUCGCUGAAAUCUCCGAAGGAGAUAAGGCUGAUGUAAAUAAAGCAGUGGAAGCUGCUAAACGAGCCUUUAACAGAAAUUCAGAAUGGCGUACAAUGAAUCCAUACAACCGUGGACAACUUAUGUACAAGUUCACAGAUCUUGUUAUACGCGAUUUAGAUUAUAUUGCUACUCUCGAAGUUCUUGAUACUGGAAAAACAUAUACAAGUGCUGUUGAGGAUAUUCAAGCAAGUAUUGCUGUUUUUCGUUAUUAUGCAGGCUGGUGUGAUAAAAUACUUGGAACUACUAUUCCAACAGGCGAUAGUAGUGUUACAUUGACACGAAAAGAGCCAGUCGGUAUUGUAGGACAAAUCAUCCCUUGGAAUUAUCCUUUCAUGAUGUUGAUUUGGAAAUGGGGUCCUGCCUUGGCUACUGGAUGUACACUGAUCUUAAAGCCAGCCGAGCAAACACCUUUGACUGCGCUUUAUGCAGCUGCUCUAGCCAAGGAGGCAGGAUUUCCAGCGGGUGUCAUAAAUGUUAUUCCAGGUUACGGUCCAACUGGUGCAGCUAUUGCUGAACAUCCAGAAAUUCAUAAAAUCGCUUUUACUGGAUCGACCGAGGUCGGACAUUCCAUAAUGAUAGCUGCUGGUAAAAGUAAUCUUAAGCGUGUCAGCCUUGAAUUAGGUGGCAAGAGCCCGCUCGUUAUUUUCGAUGAUGUUGACGUGAAAGAAGCUGCAAAAAUCGCACACAAUGCAAUAUUUGCAAAUCAUGGACAAAACUGUUGCGCAGGAUCGCGAACAUUUGUACAUUCUAAAAUAUAUGACGAAUUCGUGAAACAUGCUAAACAACUGGCGUUUGAUAGAAAAGUAGGAGAUCCAUUUGAUCCUAAAAUAAAUCAAGGUCCACAAAUUGAUCAAGAGAUGUUCGAUAAAGUCAUAGGUUUAAUCAAUUCGGGCAAACAGCAGGGUGCUGUUGUGGAAACUGGUGGAAAUCGGCAUGGCGAAAUUGGUUACUUUGUACAACCUACAGUUUUUUCAAAAGUAACCGAUGAUAUGAGGAUUGCCAAAGAAGAAAUUUUUGGUCCAGUUCAAACAAUCUUGAAAUUUGAAACCAUCAAUGAAGUAAUUGAACGUGCCAAUCGCACUAACUAUGGUCUUGCUUCUGGUGUAAUCACUAAAGAUAUUAAUAAAGCUUUGGAAUUUGCCCAAGCUAUAGAAGCAGGUAGUGUUUGGAUAAACUGUUAUGAUGCUAUCACACCACAAACACCAUUUGGUGGUUUCAAACAAUCUGGCUUAGGACGUGAAUUGGGAGAAGAAGGCUUGAAAGAAUAUCUUGAGAUUAAAACAAUCUCUAUUAAUGUCACAAAAGGGAAUUAAUAUGUAUUGCACAAAGUGCACAAUACAUAAGCUUAAUUUUUCAUUAUGAUUUUGAUUAUACUUUU